GGGCAAUACUAAAAGGAUGACGACGCCCGGAUCAUGUUAAAGUUGUGAUACCGUGGUAGAAUAGAAUACUGAUCCCACAAUGCCGUAACAGCACCUCAUAUCAGAAACAUAUACCGCCAAGACGACAGUGAACCACCAAUAUGUCCAAUUCCAAAGCUUGCAAUGCCAGCCAAAACAUAGUCGACGCCAGCACUGCCGACCUAGAUGCCCGUUCGGAAAGCUUGUUCGCCGCACUUGUACCACAUGAAGAAGAUGACCAUAGUUCCAGGAUCUAUAGACGCUUCAAAGCUUCAAACAUUCCCAGGAACAUCCGUGCAGCUGCUAAACCAGCGAAGUCGUUGGCGGCAGCAUGGCACAUAAGGAUGAUGCCCAAGAUGAUGACUGUCACGGACAUGAACUUGGCGACCAGAGAGCGUUGCAGCAGCAGAAUAGAUGCCGUCUCUCAGCAGGAAUCGUGUUGCCACCUGUACCAACUUCUUCCUAUUGAUGAGAAUGUCAGACGUGUACUAGAAUCAACGCUGCUCUUCGAUACACACAAUGGCCUUCCCCAACAACCAUGCGCGUAUUCCACGGCCAAGUGCACGAUAGUCCCAAAUUGGACCUGUGCUCUGGUGUCCAAAGUGGUAUGACUGAUAUACUUCGUCUACGAGAAGGUGCAGCCGGCGCACAGUCCUAGUCGAUAUGUGUUUCAUGUUUUCGAAGCGCGGAGAGCUUCAGCACACCCGAAUACUCUGACAUGGCACGCGACGAAAUCGAACAGAUCGACAUGACGCGUAUGGCCCAGAGCUACCCCAUUUUGUUCGAGAUGAUCAAGUGCGCGGAAGGUGCCAAGAGAGUUUAUCAGGAGGGCAAGAUCG